AUGCCAAUUGACCCAGAGAAGUUAGCUAAGUUGCAAAAAGCCGGCCCUAAGAAGAUCGGUGGUGCCAGAAUCAAGGCCAAGAAGGUUGUCAAGUCCGAAGCUGACGAUGUCAAGUUGAUGGAAUCCUUGGGCAAAUUGAAGGCCGUUAAGGUUGAGAACGUUGAAGAAGCCAACUUCUUUAAGGAUGACGGCAAAGUCUUGCACUUUGGCAGAGUUGGUGUGCAAGCUGCUUCGCAAUCCAACACCUUUGCCUUCACUGGUUACGCCCAAGAAAAGGACAUUACCCAGAUGCUUCCAAACAUCUUGCCUCAAUUGGGUGUUGAGAACUUGGACGCUCUCAGACAGUUGGCUGCUCAAAUCCAAGCCGGUAGAGCUCCUUCCGACUUGGCUGCAGGUGCUUCUGGCGACGAUGAUAUUCCUGACUUGAUUGCCGGUGAAAAGUUUGACGAAGUCGAGUAA